ACGUUUUAUAGGUGAGGGCACGUGCUAAUUAAAAAAGGAUCAUCGGAAAUUCAUCGCAGCAUGCCGGCGGCAGGAUUUUCAACCCCGGCGAGGGACGGCGAGAAGGAGUUUGAAGCGAAAAUAACUCCCAUCGUCAUCAUCUCGUGCAUCAUGGCCGCCACCGGCGGCCUUAUGUUCGGCUACGACGUCGGUGUCUCCGGUGGAGUGACAUCAAUGGGGCCCUUCUUGAAGAAAUUCUUUCCGGUGGUGUACCGGAACACACAGCAUCCUGGCCAGAACAGCAAUUACUGCAAGUACGACAACCAAGGCCUCCAGCUCUUCACUUCCUCCCUCUACCUCGCCGGCCUCACCGCCACUUUCUUCGCUUCCUACACCACCAGAAAGCUCGGCCGGAGGCUCACCAUGCUCAUCGCGGGCUGCUUUUUUAUCGUCGGCGUCAUCUUUAAUGCCGCCGCUCAAAACUUGGCUAUGCUCAUUGUGGGUAGGAUCUUGCUUGGAUGUGGCGUUGGCUUUGCUAAUCAGGCGGUCCCUUUGUUCAUAUCAGAGAUUGCCCCCACAAGAAUACGCGGAGGCCUCAAUAUUCUCUUCCAACUCAACGUCACCAUUGGCAUUUUGUUUGCUAAUCUCGUCAACUAUGGAACCGCAAAAAUAAAGGGAGGGUGGGGAUGGAGGCUAUCACUGGGACUAGCAGGAUUUCCAGCGCUGCUGCUGACGUUGGGCGCCCUCUUCGUGGUGGACACUCCCAACAGUCUGAUCGAGCGCGGCCACGUGGAGGAGGGGAAGAGGGUCCUCUCCAGAAUCCGAGGCACCCCCAACGUGGAACCCGAGUUCCUGGAGAUUCUCCACGCCAGCCGCGUCGCCAAGGAGGUCAAGCACCCUUUCCGGAAUCUCCUCCGCCCUAGAAACCGCCCUCAGUUGAUCAUUGCCAUUUCCUUACAGAUAUUUCAACAAUUUACCGGGAUCAACGCGAUCAUGUUCUACGCGCCGGUGCUAUUCGCGACGGUGGGAUUCGGGAGCGACGCGGCGCUCUACUCCGCGGUCAUCACCGGGGCCGUGAACGUGCUGUCCACAGUGGUAUCAAUCUACUCCGUCGACAAGCUGGGGCGGCGGCCGCUGCUGCUGGAGGCGGGGAUCCAGAUGCUGCUGGCCAACAUCGCCAUCGCCGUCGUGCUGGGGAUCAAAGUGACGGACCACUCGAACGAUCUGGGGCACGGGUGGGGGAUCUUCGUGGUGGUGAUGAUCUGCGCGUUCGUGUCGGCGUUCGCGUGGUCGUGGGGCCCGCUGGGGUGGCUGAUCCCGAGCGAGACGUUCCCGCUGGAGACGCGGUCGGCGGGGCAGAGCGUGACGGUGUGCGUGAAUCUGGUCUUCACUUUCAUCAUGGCGCAGGCGUUCCUGUCGAUGCUCUGCCACUUCAAGUUCGGGAUCUUCCUGUUCUUCUCGGGGUGGAUUACGGUCAUGUCUCUGUUCGUCCUGUUCCUGCUGCCGGAGACGAAGAACGUUCCGAUUGAGGAGAUGACGGAGAAGGUCUGGAAGCGGCACUGGCUCUGGAAGGGAUUCAUGGAUGAUGAUGACGAUAAUGUGGAUCGGGAGAUUGGGAUUACGAAUCUCCCGAUUAAGAAUUGAAAUUUGAAGGCUGCCGUAGAUUGCUAAUCUAAAGAAAAAUGUAGGGGCCAAAAAAUUAAAGACAAUUGGAUUUUGGACUGAGGUGCAAAUCACAUAUUUUGUCAAACUUUGCAGCUCAUGUCUAUCUUAAAUUUUUACUUUAUUUCAGUACCCUUUUUUGUGUGCGGCUUUGAAACAAAACGAAUACAAGAUCCCAAGGCUAUAUGAGGCGUAAAAGUCAUUUUAAUUUCCUGAAAAACAUAUAGAGUAUGACGGAUUCUUAAAUAAAUGUAAUGAUCAACAUUUCACAAUGAGACAAAUUUAAAAAAAAAAAUGUUCAGAAA